AUCAUACAGUUUCCAGCCUUUGCGUGUAAAGAGUAUAAAGAAACAUAGAAACCAUGAAGUUCCUUAUUGCUUUCGGCGUAGCUCUAGCAGCUGUAGUAGCGCAGGAAGAAAAUCUAGAACCUCAAUAUGUAUAUGUAGACGCCUAUCCAGAAUGGUAUGUCCAGCCUGCAGUAGAACACCAAGAGAGAUACCGUCGUGACGUCACCUACAGCAAACCAGUCGGCGGUGGAAAAGUCUUCGGGACUCUUGGACAAAAUGACAAUGGAUUGUUUGGCAAAGCCGGCUAUAAUCGCAACAUUUUCGAUGACCAUCGCGGCAAGCUAGACGGGUCGGCCUACGGCACCCGUGUACUUGGCCCCAAUGGCGCAUCCAGCCACGUUGGAGGCUCCUUGAACUGGAAGAACUCCAAUGCUGCAGCGAAUUUGGAUAUUAGCAAGCAGAUUCAUGGGCCGUCUUCUAUUAACGCGGGUGCAGGCGGUCGUUGGCCGGUCGGUAAGAAUGGAGACUUUUCUGCUCAAGGCUUCUAUGGCAAGACUUCGGGCUUUCCUUCUGAUUACGGCGUGAGAGGCGUUUACAACUACCGUUGGUAAAAAGAUGGUGACGUUUGGUGGGCCGUAAAUGAAAUAAAAAUGUGUGUAAAAAAUCCUACAGAAAUAUUCCUAAAAAUAUUAAAUUUACAACAUUGUUAAGGAACAGUUUUUCGUAUUUGGCCGUUUCUAUUUUCAAGUUAUUGCAACUGCCACUUUUUUCUGCAAAUUUCAACGCUAUGUAAACUAAAUAAUUUGGGCAUAUGAUAUAUCUUCAGGUGUGGCCUACUGAGUAUGCAUAUGAGUAUGUACAAAUCUGUUAACACGUAGUGUACCUGCAAGUAUACAGGUUUAUACAUGUAAUAAGUAUUCUUUUCUGGUUGUAUUUUAACUUGCAACUUUGUGUAAAAUAUUAGGAUAGGUAUUAUUAUAAUAA